GAGAACGUAGGCCAGAGAGACACGAAGAAGAGCAAGGCGAAGGAGAACGACGACGCGGUGUCCAAGAAAAUGGUCGUCCAGCCCGAGGCGCGCAUGAGGGCACAGGAGGACUUCACCCAGACGCAGGUGCACCUGCCGUUGGAUCACCCGCUCGUGACGGCAUGCCAGACCCAGCACCAGUCGUAUCUCGAGUUGGUCAAGAAAGAGGGCCCGCAGCACCAGCGCGGGCCACCAGAGCUCCAGCUUUCUUCGAGGGCUCUGACCGAUAUCGAGAGUUGGUUGAGCGGGGAUUCUUUGACAUAUCAGAGCCUCAAGAAGUACAUCGGCAUGCCGGCCAGGGUGAAGAGCAUGCUCGAGAUUGGCAGCAGCGAGGACGCGAGCGAGUGGGUCAAGGACUUUACGUUCUCACAGAUAUACGAUACGAAGAAG